AUGCCCUACCGUGCUGAACUCAAACGACCCGACCUAAAAGGUACCAUUAGCUUCUAUCCUUUGCAUUCCCAUCCGUUUUUCAGGUUCUUUUCCCUGUUCCAUCUGCCAGAAAGUCUUCUGCCACAGUUCUUCCUUGAGUCGUCAUCGAAUGCAAGCCCACUUCAAGAGCUACACCUGUACCACAUGCAACAAUGAGAUUCCAAGUAAGUGGGCGCGAGAAUUCAUUUUACUGUCGAGUUAGUUGAAAAGAGGAACGAUGAGUCAGUGCAGCAGGAGCUUGACUAACAAUAGUUAUGAAAGCAAAACGAAUUUCACCGCUAUUGAUGUCGUUGUGGUAUUGUCGAAGAAGAGGGAAAACUAGGUGGAGACGGGAAUUGGUUAAACGGGUGAGGGACUGUUUCUCAUGCUUGGUUCCCCCAUGUUUCUCCAUCCAAAUAGUCAUGUUUACUCGGAAGUCUUCCUGCCCUGAAAUGCGCGAAAGUCUCGGCUCUGCAAAUGUUUGCUGCGAAGCUAAGACCUCGAUUAGCACCCAACUAUAUUUGGCACGUGUCAAACAUGGCAAUACUCCCGUAGGCCGCGAAAAAAUUACAUUGGCUAUCCAAAUAUUGACACCUCGACGACUAUUACUACUGUAUUCUUAAUUGUAGAGAAAUGUAUAUGGCAUCGCAAACAGUACGGUAUGCCGUGCUGUCAAUUAGGCCUCUUUUUUUCAGGAUAAGCCCGCUUGAGAAAAGUGCAAACAUGCACCGGGAAAUUGUUUCUUUUUCCAUUUCUCUCGUUACUGUUUUUCAAUCCAAAACAGUAGACAAUGGGACAUUAAAUUCGGUGUGAUGCCAAAAUUAUGGGUAACUGGUUGACGAGGCACAGUAAGCCUCUCUGACGGUAGAAAUGCAUCGGUAGUCGGGUCGAGAGCGGAUUUCCUUUCGGAGACCACACCUCGGACCAUAUUACGCCAUCCUUUUACAACAACAUGCUGGGAUGUUUGUACGAUCUAAUUGGGCCUCAAUGUUCCUCCCGACAGGAGCGGCUUCCUGUGAGGAAAUGGGAGAGGAAGAGGCAAAAAUAUCCGACGGUAUGUAUGUAUUACUUAAUGGUUUCUUACUGGGAUGAACCCCCAAGGUCAGUCAUUUGAUGACCGUCCAUCAGCUAAUUGUUGGCACGCCAAAGACGCUAAGUGAGCUUGAGGACGAAGAAUAAGACGCCACUUGCGCGCACAAAAACCGAUUGUUUCUCUCUCUCUCUCUCUCUUUCUUUUUUCUAUUCGCAACACAACCAAAAUUGCAACCUCCUUCUCCUUCGUCACCUCUCAAUUGAUCGGUUGUUCGCUCCGUCGUCCAUCAUUUGCCACGGUUCAUCGAGCAAGAGGGUCGUCAAGAAACUUUCUCAUCGGCAGCCCAACAUCUUCCUCCUACUUGUAAUCUUUUUCGUGCCAUCCAACGGGGUCUCAUUGCACUUCGAAUGAUGCGUCGGCAUGCUAACACUAGGAUCAACAGGAUUUGUUACUCGCUUGCGCAAUAGAACAAUAAGCGGAUCAGGCCUCGAAAAACCGUAACAUAACAUGAAAACUGUUUUACAGCCUGACCUCUUCCUCUUUUGUCGGCGAGCGCGCUUUUGUAAUGGCAUUGUUUUCCUGAGCCAGCCUUACUUUCGAAUUUCAACGAGAAAAAUGCAAAUGAGGGGGCGUGAAAUGGUGGAAAAUCGUUUGUCACAUUGGCACCUAACAUGCCUUUAUACGACAGUGUCGUGUUGCGAAAUUCAUUUGAUUGAUAGACUCAUUGGCUCGGUGGCGCAAAGAAUAGCAAUUAAGCAGAAUAUGGAAAUAGCGAUACGUUGUUGGCAAACUGUCACUUGACUAAUGAUACUUUCGGGCGUGGAACGUUGAGAUGAAGGGCAAAUUUGAAAGCUGACACCGGGCUGGUACCAUUUCAUAUAAUUACCAUAAUAAAAUGGUUUCAAAUUAGCCGGUCGCGCAUUGAAGUCGUUCAAUAAUGUGCUCGAUAGUCAUUAAGACACUAUUUCAGGCAACGACACGCUGCGCAGCCACAUGUAUCGUAUGCACAACAUUACCCGAAUGUUCAUGUGCCGUUGUUGCAACUGGGCGUUUCCCGACAAAACGAGUCUUCACAUCCACAUGCAAAGUAUGCUGAAAAAUGGGACUCCAGGAGAAGCGGCCGUGCUCGCUAAGAGCUCCGACGGUACAGAUUGAGCCAAGUACACGUAGGAAGUAAUCAGAUUUCAGUUGUAGAUAGUAGUCCUGAGCCGAGCUCACCCCGUCAAUCCCCCAACUUUUCUGAUGCGUUGAUCCACAAGCGGAUGAUCCAAGCAGCCGCCAACAAUAACAACAUUGGCUCAAUCUUCCCUAAUCUGUUGAAAAGUCCGGAUUCAAAGUCCGUGUUUCCAUUAGACCUUUCCAACAUGGGACCGUCGCAGUUUUUGUCGGCCUGGUUGGCUAACAAUCCAAUUAAUACCGCCGCUCUGAGUCUAGCCGCACAACACACUCCUUCUAAGGUUAAAAAUCGUUUCAUGAAAUUCAGUUUUUAAAGUUAAUGUUUUUCAGGAUUCUCUUGACUCCAACGUCAGCGAUUACGACGAUUUGGAAGUGCAUACCACUGAAGAGGACAUCAAGUUCGAAGUGGAAAGCAGUGAUGUGAGUCCACGGUCUGUGAUUGUCAAGUCCGAACAGACGUGCAAGAGGAAACUUGAGUACGAAGCUGAUAUUGAUGUGGAAGGAGAUGAUGUAAGCGGCAGAAAGAAUCUAAUGUACUGUUAACUUGAACGUUCAGGCUGAACCACCACUCAAAAUGACGAUUGAUGAGAAAGAUAUCCAUAUUUCCCAUGAUCAGCCUUCGCCAACUGUUUCCGACUCUCAUAUCAGUGGAUCUUCGAGUCAUUCCGGCGAAAGCUCCAAAUGCUUCGAUUGCCAGGUUGGCAUUCGCGCCCAAUUAUGUUUAAUAAUUGUUUUUGAUGUGCAGGUAGCCAGAGGGAAGCUCGUGGCGUAUGAGGAGAAAUGCCGGGCCUAUGAGAAACAAAUCCGAGAAAUGCAAGUUCAAAUGGAGUUCUUGCGGAAGAUGCCAGCCGGUCCGAUGCCUCCCGUCAUGCUCCCUCCACCGAUGAUGCCUCUCGCACCAGGCGGAGCUGCCAACUUCCUUCAGAAUCCAGCGAUGAGGCUUCUGCUGAACAAUAUCGCUCACAUGAAUCGCCCUCCAAUGAUCCCAUAA